AUGACCAACUGCUUGUUAAUCAGUAUUACCAAGAAUCAUGGUGCGACUGCCUCCAGCUCCAGAAUCAUACCACAAGUCAACGGAGACGGCGCCGAACAUGCCGCGAGUGACCACCUGCUCGCCGGACUACUCAAGACCGGAAGGUAUUUGAUUGUGAUUGAUGGCGUGAAUACACAUGAGUUGUACGACGUACUAUCUGCAUUCUCUUGGGCUGAUGGAAUGGGCGGCAGAAUUAUCAUGACGACGACCAUUCAACUACCAGCAGCGACAUGCUGCAAAUGUGGCAAUGGUUCAUCACUUGCUAUGGAUAGCACAAGCCAGGUUUUCAUUGGGGAGCUGACAGAGAGUGGAUUUGUGGAGGCCUGCCUCCAUCUUCGUGAUGACACACUGGCAAGAAUGCACCGCAGCAACAACGAGAUCCUAUCCAGCCCCGUUGUCCAGGACUUAUUGCUGUAUUUCUGCAUGUUCCCACGCGAUCAUCCUGUCAGGAGGAAUCCCCUGAUAAGGAGAUGGCUGGCUGAAGGGCUUGUGUUUCCUCAGCCUGAAACAGAGAAUUUUUCCCAGGAUGUUGCGGUCAAGAAUUUGGAGAGCCUCAUCAGCCGCAACAUCAUUCAGCCCAUUCAAGUGAGGACCUAUGGAAAUGUGAAGAAAUGCCAAACUUCUGGGAUAAUGCUCAACUCCAUUUCCAGCAAAUCCAAGUCACAGAAUUUCAUCACCAUGUUGUGUGGCGGCCAGACAACAGAGAAGAAUCUGCCGGGCAAAGAGAUUCGCCGGCUUUCCCUCCAUCUUAAUGGUGCGGCAAAUGGGCCACUGAAUUUGCCAAAGGAGUUAUCUCGUCUCCAUACUCUGGCAGUAUUCCCUGAUGAUACAAAUGUGACCAGGCAUCAAGCUAAUUUGAAUUAUGCCGAGUAUAAGCUACUGCGGGUUUUGGACCUCAAAGAAUGUGCUGAUGUGAAAGCAGAACAUGUUGGCAAAAUAUGUGACCUGUUGCUGCUCAAAUAUCUGAGCCUCGGAGACAGUAUUGACAAGGUUCCAAGGAAAAUAGCGAAGCUAAAAUGGUUGGAGACUCUUGACAUGAGGAGAACCCAGGUAGUGAUGUUGCCAAUUGAAGUCCUCCACCUCCCCGGGUUGAAACACCUCCUUGGAAAGUUUCAGUUACUUGAAGGUGACUGCACACAUAAGAAGCUAGAGAAGCUCUUGUCAGAAGAUAGUGAAUUGCAGAGGCUUUCUGGAUUUGUCACUGACAAAAACGAAGGGUUUGCGCAGCUGAUGAGUCGCAUGGGGAAGUUGAGGAAGGUGAAAAUAUGGUGCGAUUCCACUGCAGAUGUGAUGAAACUAGUUUGUGUUUUAGGGGCCACGGAGAAAUUCAUUUGCGGAGGCCUGGAUAUGACAAGAGUUGACCGUUCCUUAUCUAUCGACCUCCAAGGAUGCCCAACAGAAUGCUCAGAACAAUUCAUGGAUUCUCUGCAAGCUACAGGCCGUCUUACCUCGCUCAAAUUGCGCGGAAAGCUGAUGCGACUCCCUCAGUUCAAGGCAAAGCUGAACUACAUCGAGGAGUUGUGCCUCUCAAGAACUAAUCUGAGCGGGGACACAAUCCUAGAUGGCCUGUCUGAACUUAGAAUGACACUUAAGUGUCUUAAACUGGUAGAAGAUAAGCUUGGGCACUUGGUCAUAAAACCGGAGCAUUUCCGAAGCCUGAAGGGGUUAUGCCUUGUGGGCGAGCAAAGUAUGGAGGACAUAACAAUCCAAGAUGAAGCUAUGCCCUACCUUGUGUCACUUCAUAUGCUUUGUGCAGCUCUAGGUAAUCUUCCUGGCGUCGACAUCACACGCAUGGCAAGGCUAAAAGAAGUCACGCUCCAUUCUGGAGUACAAGAGUCGAUAAAGGAUGGGUGGCAAACAGCUGCAAAGAACCAUCCUAAUAGACCCAGCGUUUUGUUUAUCCACCAUGCUAACUCCUCACCUAGAGGCUCUCCGCCGUGCCAAGCAACAGCGGAAAUUGCAAAUCAGACCAAACCUAUUGGGAGAAAAUUCACCGCCUCCAUCAUGGGUGGCAUCUUUGGUUGUGCACGGCCAAGAUCCUGA